AUGAUUUAUCCUAAUUUAUCCCUAAUCUUAUUGAUCUUUAUUCUAUUAUAUACAAUAUAUGGUAAACAAGAACAUAAUCAAUAUAUAAAUCUAAAUAAAACAAAUUCAAUUCCUGAUAAUCAUACUAAUACUAAUCAUAAUGAACCUAUUGAAAGUGAAAUUGUUGUAGUUAAAUGGGAAUUUCAUGAAUUUGAAAUUCAUAUUGCUGUUAUGGUAUUUCUAUUAAUAAUGAUAUUAAUUAAAAUGGCCUAUCAUCGUAUACCAUAUAUAUCAAUUUAUAUACCAGAAUCAUUUGUAUUAAUUAUUAUUGGUAUUAUAUUUGGUGCUAUUGUACGUUAUGGUAUUGAUCAAGGUAUUAAUAAUAAAACUGUAUGGAAAUUAACACCAGUAUUAUUUUUUACAUAUUUAUUACCUCCAAUUGUAUUAGAAUCAGCAUAUAGUUUAUAUAAUAGAACAUUUAGUGAAUAUUUAAGUGUUGUAUUAAUAUUUGCUGUGAUUGGUACUAUAUUAAAUUUUUUAAUUAUUGGUUUUGUUAUGUAUGGUAUAUAUAAAAUUGGUGGUUUCGGACAACCACAAUUAGAUAUGGAUAUUAAAGCAUUUUUAUUAUUUAGUUCAUUAAUUGUUGCUGUGGAUCCUGUUGCUGUGUUAGCUAUUUUUCAAGAUAUUGGUGUUGAAUUAGGUUUAUAUUAUAUUGUAUUUGGUGAAUCAUUAUUAAAUGAUGCUGUUACUGUUGUAUUAUAUGAUAUAAUGGAUGCAUUUACUGGUAAAGAUAUUGUAACUGGUAAAGAGAUUGGUAUUGGUAUUGCAUCAUUUUUUACUGUAAGUUUUGGUGGUUUAUUAAUUGGUUUAUUAUUUGGUAUUAUAACAUGUUUAAUAACACGUAUUAAAAGUCGGUUAAAUGCUUUUAGUUUAUUAUUAUUAGCAUAUUUUUCAUAUAUUAUGGCUGAUUGUGUUGGUUGGUCUGGGAUUAUAUCAAUGAUUGGUUGUGGUUUAAUACAAGCAGCAUAUGCAUUUCAUAAUUUAGAUAAACAUUCUAUAACAAUGGUUAGAAAUUUAACUAAAGUUGUAUCAGAAAUGAGUGAAUCAGUAAUAUUUUUAUUUUUAGGUAUUGAAGUUGUAUCUAUUAAAUUAGUAUGGCAUACAGGUUAUAUAUUAUGGGGUUUAAUAUGGUGCUUAAUAGCACGUGCUAUUGUUGUCUUUUUAAUUACUGCUAUUGUUAAUUAUACAUCAUUAUCUAAUACACAAAUUACAUUUACACAACAAAUUGUAUUAAUUUAUGGGGGUUUACGUGGUGCAGUUGCAUUCUCAUUAUCUGUAUUAAUUUUACCAAAUAAACUUGGUGUAAAUGGUAUAUAUAAUAGAGAACUUAUUAUUACAACAACAUUAUUUAUUAUAUUAUUUACUGUUGGUUUUAUGGGUAUUACAAUGAAACCAUUAGUGAAAUUAUUACGUAUACGUAUGGAAAAUAAACAAAUGUUAAGUUUAUUUGAUUCAUUAAAUGAUAGUAUUAUUGAUGAAACAUUAGCUGGUAUUGAAUGUCUUAUUGGUACUAUAGGACGUAAUGCUAUAAGGGAUUUAAUACAACGUUUUAAUGAACAAUAUUUACGUAAAUUAUUACAACGUGAUACAGAUGUAUAUAAUCAAAAAAUGUUAAAAAUUUAUGAAAAAAUUGCAUUAAAAAUGCAUCAUGCUACUAUGCGUCCUAGUAAAACUGAAUUAAUAUUAAAAGAUUUACCAGAAACAUUAAAAAAUCGAUUUAUUACAUCACAUUUAUCAACAUUAUCAAUACCUGGUUUAAUGAAUGGAAAUUUAUCAAUGUUAAAUUUAUCGAAUAUAAAUAAAUUAGAUUUAAGUAAACAAUCAAUAAAAGAUGUUGAAUCAAAUGGUACUACUAUUAAUAAUAAUAAUAAUAAUGUAACACGUAGACGUUUAUCUACAUUAACAAAUGAUAUGAAUAUAACACCAGAUGUUAAACAAGCAUUACGUUAUUCACGUAGACCAAGUAUAGCACCAAAAGAGAAAAGACAAUUAGAUUUUGAUGAAGCAUUAUUAGAUGUCAUGAAAUCACGCAGUCUUGCUUUAAAACAUUUAAAACGAUCAACUAUUGAUUCAGAUAUUAAUAAUCAUUUAAAUGGAACACAUAAUAAAGCUUAUUUAACUGAAGAUGAUGAAGAAAUUGACGAAAACCAUAAUGAAAUACAAGAGGAUGAUGAUAUCGGCAAAUUGAAAGCACUUAUUAAAGCUGAACAAAAUAAACAAAUUAAUGAUAAUGAUGAUUUAAAGAUGAAAUCAAAACAUGAUAAUGAUCAGGAGAAGGAGAACGAGACGAAGAAAGAAGAGGAGGAAGACACCAGUACAACGAAAUCAGUUAAAUUCAUUGUUGAUGGUAAUGAUCAUCUAAGUGAAAAUAUGCAUCGUUUAUAA